UUUAGGUUUGGUUUCAAAACAGAAGAGCAAAAUGGCGGAAACGAGAAAAGAUGAGAACAUUUGGUUUUGCUCCCCACAUUUUCUGUGCUGGAUUUGACCGAUAUCCUUUCACAUCCCCAACUGCUUCUGCAUACCCCUACCCUGCAGGUGCGGUAGCGUAUUAUCAUCAACAAGAGCCUUGUAUUAACCCUUCGAUAUAUCCAGAUCUACACAGCACUAUGGAUAUCAGGGGGUAUAUGGCUCGAUAUGAGUGUACAACCAAUGGCAGUUUGGGACCUUUAGGUACACCAAUAUAUCAUUGCUCGUGUAAUGGAGUGCAUAGACAACAUGUGAUUGCAUCACACCCCACCCUAUCACCACAGUUAUCCCCGUUAUCGUACGAUUCCAAAAGACUACCAUCGGCCGGAACUCGAGAAGAAUCACCCGGACAGGAACAACGUGCAACCAGUAUUGUGACAUUACGUACUAAAGCCAAGGAGUACGAACUGAGUAACUUAAAAAUAAAAUCUGAGUUUGAAGGCAGAUAACGACAUAACAACGCUGCUUGAUUCAUGUGACGUCAUGAUUUCAAUCAAUGAACAGCUAUAUAGUAAACGUCACGAGGCAAUACAUGGUGGUCAACUUCAGAACUGUUGACACUAGUAGUCACUAGUAGAACUGAGUAACCAAAUUCAACUAUACAUCUCAGCUUACCUCCAAAUGCAAGACUGUUACAUGCAUUAUUUGCUGGCGUGAUAACUGCUGUUUGAUCACCAUCUGCUGCACGUGACGAUAUACCGGAACUGAGCCGGUAUGUAAAUAAAGCGAGCUCAUGAAGAACAUUUUAGGUUCUCUAUUGACGAGAAUUUCCUCCAGCCGAGCAUUACAAACACAUGAUAAACGCCGAAAACGUCUGCUUCACGAUCGAGGGGAGGGUAGUUAGGAGUAUGUUAUCAGAUACAAAGCCACAGUAUGAACAUACGCUGAAUUUCAUCCGCCGAAGACAUGUAAAGUUUUAUUUGCAGUUCACCCUGUUUUAUAUAGAAUGAUGUUCUUAUCAAUAGAAAAAUCCUUAGGUUUCCUGGGUUUACCUUCAUCGGUAAACGUGCGUUAUUAUUUUUCAUUUUUAUCAUUAUUUUUCAUCUUUCUCUCUUUUUAAAAUAUUUAUGAUUGUAAGAGGUUAAAGAUUUUGUGAACUACUUUUGUAAAUAUUAUAAGUUUAAAUUAUUAACAAUAAUAUAAAAAUGGACACAAGUUAGAAAAUAAUGCAAAAUCAUGUAAAUUUAAAUCAAGAUUUGGAAAUAAAUUGAUGAUUCAUAAAGCAGGAAGUACAAAAAUAUAUAUUGUCAGACGAAGAAUUUUUAGGACUUCCUGCAGCGUGAGGGACGGACGAAAUUCAAAGAAACGUAAAAACACCCACAAAACACCCAAAUUCAUAAAAGGCAUGUCAUAAAAAGUUUUUCAAGUUUUUUAAAAAAAUAGUUUUUAAAAAAGUUUUAAAAAGCUUUAAAAGAGUUUUGAAAAGCAAGAAAAGUUUAAAAAGUUAGGGUUAGUGGUUAGGGUUGGGGUUAGGAUUAGUGUUAGGUGCCGCGAAUUUAUUAUUAUGAUAAAUUCAAAAUUUGCCGCGAAUUUAUCAUAAUGAUAAAUUCGGACUUGUUUAAGAAUUUACUCAUAUAGUAAAUUCAAAGGUGGAGCUCAUGCUGGAUAUUUUCGUUACAUGUCUUCAAAUUUGGAUAUGCUUUUCAUUAUAGUCAGUGACACUGACAGACGGCCCGCCGCGGAACGGUCUGCCGUAAAUUUUGUAAUACACAAUAACUUAGGUCGUGUGAUUAUCUGAUUAUUUUCCGUAUUACUGAGAUUGGUCAGUCAUAUCUUUGGAGAUUUGUAUAUAUCAUAUAAUACCACCAUUUAAAGUUUGUAAAAUAUAUAUAUGAAUGAACGUUAAAAGUAGCAUUUGUUCAGUGUGUUUACCUUUCAGUUCUAGGCCUGACGCAUUCGAUCUCUGCGUUAGCGCAACCUAGUGUGUCUUUCAAACAAG